GGCGCCAUGUUCUGGAAGUUUGACCUGCACACGAGCUCGCACAUGGACACACUGCUGGAACGGGAGGACCUGAGCCUGCCCGAGCUGCUGGAUGAGGAGGACGUGCUGCAGGAGUGCAAGGUGGUCAACCGCAAGCUGCUGGACUUCCUGCUGCAGCCGCCCCACCUACAGGCCAUGGUGGCCUGGGUCACCCAGGAGCCGCCGCCCAGUGGCGAUGAGCGCCUGCGCUAUAAGUACCCGAGCGUGGCCUGCGAGAUCCUGACCUCAGACGUGCCCCAGAUCAACGAGGCGCUGGGCGCUGACGAGGCCCUCCUGAGCCGGCUCUAUGGCUUCCUGCAGAGCAAUGGCAGCCUCAACCCACUGCUGGCCAGCUUCUUCAGCAAGGUCAUGGGCAUCCUCAUUAACCGCAAGACCGACCAGCUCCUGUCCUUCCUGCGCAAGAAGGACGACUUCGUGGACCUGCUGCUGCAGCAUAUGGGCACCUCGGCCAUCAUGGACCUGCUGCUGCGCCUGCUCACCUGUGUGGAACGGCCCCAAUUGCGACAUGACGUUGUCAACUGGCUCAACGAAGAGAAGAUUGUCCAGCGGCUAAUCGAGCUGAUCCACCCUUCCAAAGAUGACAAUCAACAUUCCAAUGCUUCCCAGUCCCUGUGCGACAUCAUCCGUCUGAGCCGGGAGCAAAUGACCCAGGGGCAGGACAGCCCAGAGCCUGACCCGCUGCUGGGCACGCUGGAGAAGCAGGAGACGAUUGAGCAGCUCCUGAGCAACAUGUUCGAAGGGGAGCAGAGCCAGUCUGUCGUCAUCAACGGGAUCCAGGUGCUGCUGACGCUACUAGAGCCCCGGAGGCCUCGGUCCGAGACCACGACCAUGAACAACUUCUUCUGCAGCGUGGAUGGACAGCUGGAGCUGCUGGCCCACGGCGCCCUGGACAACCCUGCAGCCAGCAUUGGUGUCCUGCAUGCCCUGCGGCCCAGGCUCAGUCACUUCCACCAGCUGCUGCUUGAGUCCCCCAAGCUAGAGGCACUGCAGAUGACCUGGGGGAGCCUGGACCCCCCACUGGGAAACAUGCGGCUGCACGUGGUCAAGCUCCUGGCCAGCGCCCUGAGCGCCAACGACUCUGCACUGAUGCAGGAGCUGCUGGCGCUGGACGUGCCCAACACCAUGCUGGAUCUGUUCUUCCACUAUGUCUUCAACAACUUCCUGCAUGCCCAAGUGGAGAUGUGUGUGAGCGCCAUGCUGAGUGCGGGGUACCCGCUCGAGAGCUGCCCUGAGAGCUCCGCACCCAACCCUGUCAUCCAGCACCUGGUGCAGCAGUGCCGCCUGGUGACGCGCAUCCUGACAUCGUGGGAGGAGAACGACCGCGUGCAGUCUGAAGGAGGCCCGAGGAAAGGCUACAUGGGCCACCUGACCCGCAUGGCCAAUGCCUUGGUGCAGAAUGCGGAGAAGGGACCUAAUGCCGAGCAGCUGGGCCAGCUGCUAAAGGCAGAACUGCCGGAGGAGCAGCAGGAGCGGUGGGAGGCCUUCGUGACAGGGCCACUGGCCGAGACCAACAAGAAGAACAUGAUAGACCUGGUGAGCACUCGGCCACUGCACUCGUCCAGUGACGACGAGGACGACCGGCUCAAGGACCUCAGCUUCCCCGAGGAGGCCGUGCUGCAGCAGGCCUUCAUGGACUUCCAGAUGCAGCGCAUGACCGCAGCCUUCAUUGACCACUUUGGCUUCCAUGACGAGGAGUUCGGGGAGCAGGAGGAGAGCGUCAAUGCUCCCUUUGACAAGACCGCCAACAUCACCUUCUCCCUCAACGCUGACGACGAGAACCCCAACUCCCACCUGCUGGAGAUGUGCUACAAGGAGCGCAUCCAGCAGUUUGACGACGAGGAGGAGGUGGACGAUGAGGAAGGCCUGGGUUCUGGGGAGUCAGAUGGCGAGGACAGCGCCUGGCGGGGCAGCCAGCUGCCCAGGGGGGCCCGCCUUGGUCAGCACCAGAGUGUCCGGAGUGGAGGUAGCACGGACAGUGAGGAGGACGACGAGGAUGAAGAUGAGGAUGAGGAUGGUGAGGCCCACGUAGCCAGGGGAAGGGCUAAUUCCCCCUCCUACCCAAGCCCCGGUCUCGAGCCCAUGGCAGCAGCUCCUCAGGGUCCUGGCUGGACAGCCACCUUUGAUGCAGUGCCUGCUAAAGAGCCCCGAGUCUCGGAGCCCACAGUCCCCCAGGGGCCUCAAGAUGGCCCUCAGGAUCUCCCCACCCCAAGCCUGGCCGCCCAUCCAGCCAGUGAAUCCCUGCAGGUUAGGUCUAAGGACCCUGCAGCCCCCUUAGCACCUCAGGAAGCCUCUGCCGGUGGCCAGGUCGCAGAACCUUCGGCCCCCUGCCAGGCCUUGGUCAGCGUUGGGGACCUCCAGGCCACCCUCCAUGAGAUGCGGGGCACCCUCAGCUCAGACAGCACUGACCACCCCUCCUCCAGUGCGAUCAGAGACCCCUCUACCUCUGUCCCUGCUGCCAUGGCCCAUAAACCCCCUGAGACCACCGAGGAGAAUCUGGUGCCCUCAGGGCCGCCCCAAAGCCAGAGUGCCCAGGCCCAACAGUCACCUCCGAUACCCAAUGGCUCCGCCCCUGGUGGGCACGCGGCCCCGGGCACCCAGUGAGUUGCGUCAAUGUGCUGCACAGCAGGGCCCCACUGACCACCUGGGGGUCGGCUGCACAGGGCAGCUGUGCGCACACUGCCAGCUCCCUUUGUUCCUG